ACAUAAAGUUAUUAUUCUAAUUAUGGAGGCAAUCGCGUUCAAAAUCACAUUACUCUGUGACUUUGUGAUAUUCUAAAAAUAAAUAGCACUCCUCUAACCUUCCAUUCACACAAAUCUGUUUUCUUCUAAAUAGACUUGUUCCGGCGGAGGUAUACAUUCUGUAAAGAGGGGGAGUUGGGCCAGGGCGGAGUAAUAGGACACUUCAAUUUUCCAGAGUCAUUAAAAUAAUUCGGGAAAACCACGGUUUAGUAGAGAAUACAUUAAAAGUUCCGGCGAAUAACAUAUGUACGUCAUUGGCUCACGGUACAUGCAAGAGUUUAUACGUUACAUUUCCAAAGAAGAAGGAGAGUGCGGCCUGGACACGGCAGCUCGCGAUGAGGGCGAGUGGGUGUGAGAGCAGAGAGAGCGGAGCGGAGUGGAGCGCUGAGUCCGGCUGCGGGUUCCACCGUCUGGUCUGCUAGGCUGGAGUGGAGUGGAGUGGAGUGGAGUGUGGAGCGUGGAGCAUCGCGCCGACGGACACUAGAGAUUUUGCACCGCCUGGACUUCUACUCUUUCUGUUUUAAUUUUAUUUUGGAUCUUCCUCAGUGAUGCCGGGGCUCUAGACUAGAACCAAGCAAGCCGCAAAGAGCACAGGAAAAGUUCCGAAACUUUUUUUUCCGGCUCUCUUGAUUUUUUUUUUUUUUUUUUUUUUGAAUGUUUCGUCACUCCUUCUCUUUCUGGGGAACUACACACACGCGUCGCUGAGGGGAUAUUAUGGGAUGAGUGGAAGUGUGAAGGACAAAGAGAGACUGCCCUCCUGCCUGGAUCGGGGUCUCAUCCAUCACUUCGCAAACUUAAGUUUCCCUCAAGCGCUUCAUUUGCUGCCGCGGAAGGGCCGAAUUUCAACACACACCCUUUUUCCCUUAGUUUUGCCAACAUUUCGGAAUGAUUCGUCCCUGUCGCGGUGUUGACGGAGGAGGAGGAGGUUGUUAAUUUCUGACCGAAACGUGUUUUUUUUUUUUUUUUUUUUUUUUUUUUAAAAAAAAAUAAAUAACCAAACAGCCACAUGAUGGUCAUGGAGCUCGGACUGGUGGAUAUCGGACUUCCCGACUUUAGUAACCUCUAAUAGCCGCGUACAGAUCCUGUGUGGACACUUUUACUGUCAGAAAAUUUCGAAGAUUUUUUUUUCGGAACACGUGACGUCACACUAGUCGCUCGCUUUGCUCUCGUGUCCGUCGUUUUCCAGAUCGUUCCCACGUAUAUUGUCUCCAUCCAUGUCUGUACGCACACGAGCGUGUUUCUUACGCUUCUGCUUUUAUUCAGGGGCAACACGAUAGCACCACCUUAGGCUAAGGUACAGUACGUACUCUUACUAGGAGUCUUUCCCAAGGAUGUGCUUCGUCGUGUCUUUCCGUUUCUCAGGAGUUCUUUACGUCACGUGACUGAGUCGCGCUCGGCUGGUGCUCAUAGGUGGUGUGUGUGUGUGUUUUUCUUUUUCAAUAAGAUGUUAACUGGAUAUAAAACGGUGCGAAUUUAGGGAGGGGAUCCCAAUGAGCGGCCCACAGACGACCACCACUGACAGGACGUCUUGUGAUCUCAGCCAAGACCACUCAUCUGAUAAGAAGUUCAGAGGGUCCCCAAAUGAGUUUGAUUCCACAGGGCUCGUUCAGCGAUGUGUGAUCAUCCAGAGGGACGACAACGGCUUUGGCCUCACAGUGAGUGGGGACAACCCUGUGUUUGUGCAGCUCGUCAAAGAAGAUGGGGCUGCAAUGCGUGCUGGUGUGCAGAGAGGUGACAGGAUUAUCAAGGUAAAUGGGACACUAGUGACAAGUUCAAACCAUUUAGAAGUUGUUAAAUUGAUAAAAUCUGGUUCCUAUGUGGCUCUCACGGUCCUGGGGAGACCGCCAGGCUCACCACAGAUGCCCCUGCCAGAGGGGGAGGGUGAUGCAGAGCGGCUUGCUCCUCCUCACGGCACCUCCUUGGAUCGGACCACAGUUCCCAAACGGGUCUCUACCACUCUGGAAGAAGGUCAAAGCCAAAGAGAGUCCCUUCUUCACAGCCCAAGGGUCACACCCAGGAACACUCCCAGGAACAGCUUCAACUCGGUGGAGGGCGAGGACACGCCAGAUGCGGUUUCCCAGACUGGCACUGGCAGUCCCUGUUUAAGCUCAGCACCUCAGAUCAUAGGGGCAGAAGAUGACUACUUUGACACGGAGCAGGAGCAGAUCAAUGGCCAGUGCAGCCGUUUCCAUAGCGUUGAGCUGCUCAAGUCUCGCCCUGCUCACCUUGCUGUCUUCCUUCACCAUGUGGUCUCCCAGUUCGACCCCGCACCUCUGCUCUGUUACCUCUACGCUGACCUUUACAAGCAGACCAACUCCAAAGAAACACGCCGAAUCUUCAUGGAGAUGCACACUUUCUUCAUGGACCGAGGGGCAAACUUGAAAGUGCCUGUUCCAGAGUCCAUCUCCUUUGAACUUGAUCGCCGGCGACCCGAGCUGAUCCCUGAAGAGCUUCACAGACAGUACGUACAGCUGCUGCAGGACUCGCUGCUCCCUGAAGUCCAGAGACAGCUUGAUGACUUCAGACAGAAGCGUAGCAUGGGCCUGACCUUAGCUGAGGGGGAACUGGGCCGCUUGGGUGUAGAACAGGACCGCGAGCAGAGCCGUGCCACACUGGACCAGGAACGCAUUUUUGCUGAGAAUGUUGUCAGCAAAAUUGAAGAAGUGCUCCUGACUUCACAAUCCACUGAAGAGGAGAAGUGCACCACCCUGCAGUACGUGCUCUUCACCUACAUGAAGCACCUGGGCCUGAGGGUGAAGGAACCACGUGGUCUGGAGCCUAAACGUGCCCGCAUCACUUUCCUCCCCAAAAUCAAGAAGAGGGCGGAGAAAGAGGCUGAGGAAAAGGUGAAGAAACCUCGAUUUCCCAACAUCCUUGGUGGCCCUCCACGGAAGCCUGGUCGGAUAGAUGUCCCGUCUGGGGGGCGUACCACAGAUCCAAACAAGCCACGGCCCCUGAAGCAGCUGUCUCAGUCCACCCUGACAGUCCCCGAAGCCCCUGAACUGCUGCAGCCUGCCCGUCUGCGGGGCAGCCAGUCCAGCGAAGCUGCUGAGCUCCCCUACUCCCCCACUUUCCCUACUUCAUCUUCUACCUCUGAGGGAGGAGGACGGGACUCAGACUCCACACUCUGGAAGGGAAGUGAGGGCCUUGCCCCUGGGGACUCACUAGACAACGUGGCAAACAGCCCUUCUGUCCACUUCAGUUUCAACCCGAACAACCUGGACCAGUUACACGAAGAUGACCAGGAAUGUGACAGAAACCCUGAAGGAGGAACACCUAAGAUGAUUAGAAGGAUGGACACUCUGGGCCCUUCAGAGGUGAUGAGUGAAGAUGACCAGAGCUGCGAGGUCGAUUCUGAGCAGGACCCCCCAAACUGGCAACAGGUGGUAGGGAGGGAGUUGCUGGCUGCACUAUCACCGCAUGAGAUCAAGAGACAGGAGGUCAUUAACGAGCUAUUCUACACAGAGCGUGCUCACCUGCGCAUGCUCAAAGUGAUGGACAGCGUGUUCUAUCAGAGGUUGACCAGAGAUGGCAUAUUGCCCCCUACUGACAUUAGAAGCAUCUUUGCCAAUCUGGAGGAGAUCAUCCAGUUGCAUGCUUCCAUAAACGAGCAAAUGAUGGCCAUACGGAAGAAAAAUGAGACAUCUGUCAUUGAUUGUAUUGGAGAAGACCUGUCAUCCUUGUUUGGUGGGGAGGAAGAAGAGAAGAUGAAGCAAGCAGCGGGUACAUUCUGCAGCAACCAGCCCUUUGCUCUGGAGCUCAUCAAGAGCCGGCAGAGGAGGGACCAAAAAUUUGCCGCUGCCAUGCAGGAGGCGGAGAGUAACCGGCUGUGCCGCAGGCUCCAGCUUAAAGACAUCAUUCCUGCAGAGAUGCAGAGACUCACCAAGUAUCCACUACUGCUGGAGAACAUCGCCAAGUACACAGAGGAUGCUGAGGAGAGGGAGAAGGUGAGGAGGGCAGGCGAGUGUUGCCGACAUGUGCUGAACCACGUGAACCAAGUCGUGAAGGAGUCGGAAAACAAACAGAGGUUGGAGGACUACCAGAGGAGGCUGGACCUCUCUUCACUGAAGCAGAAUGAGAACCCAAUGAUCUCAGAGCUAAAGAAUUUGGACCUCACCAAGAGGAAAAUGGUGCAUGAGGGGCCACUCUCCUGGAAGGUGAAUAAAGACAAGAUAAUCGAGCUAUACACACUGCUGCUGGAGGACAUCUUGGUAUUACUGCAGAAGCAGGAUGAUCGCCUCGUGCUCCGAUGCCACAGCAAGAACCUGGCUGGCAGUGCCGACACCAGGCAAACCUUCAGCCCUGUCAUCAAGCUGAGCACAGUGCUGGUGCGAUCUGUGGCCACAGACAUCAAGUCCUUCUUCGUGCUCUCCAUGUCAGAUAAUGGCGCACAGAUCUAUGAGCUGAUGGCACAGAGUGUAUCAGAGCAGAAAGUGUGGCAGUGUCUGAUCACACAGGCAGCAGAAUCUAUGAAAAUGAAACCUCACAAUGUCAUACCAUUACCACAGCCAGGUGAGGUGCGUGAUGCUGCUGAUGUGAUCAGGUCCGGUAAACUCAAUCCAGACCGUAUCUCCACUGGAAACAUGCAGUCAUCAGAAAGAGAUGCUGACGCAUUGCCUGUUCCUGGGCCCAACCACUUUGAAGGGGUCAGAUCUGAUGAGGGGCUGGAUGAUGACGGACGGCAAUUCUUGGAGCCAAAUCUUCCUGACAGGCUGGCCUUCCAUCAGCCAAGGUCACGGCAGGGUGUUGCUCGUGUAGACUAUGAUAUGGAGGCCUUUGAACUCUUCCCCUCCAGAGCCGAGGAAGCCUUGAAGAGCUUGGCAGCACUCAGACAGCUGUUGAUGCUGCACUUGUCCCGGGAGAGUGGUGAGAGGACAAACUUUUCUACUGGGGUUUGUCUCCAAAGGACUGCUUCCCUUAGUGUCCAACCUUCACCACAAUGGGGCUCUGCCAACAAACACAAAAAUGAAGGAGUCCAGCAGGUUGCAUCAGUGAAUACAACCUCUGAGGACUCAGGUUUCUUAGUCCUCGAGGGCUUUGGGGACCCUGGGGAGAGCAGCACAGAUGAUGAGUCCCUGCUUGACCAGAAGGAACUGAGGGACCCUGCAGGAAGCUCUGAUGCUGACCCAGAGAAGCUGCUGUCCUCAGUGAUGGCACCCAGCAUGUCCUCUGACCUGAUCCAGCAGGUUUUUUCGCACCUCCGCAAUUUGCAGGUCACAUUACAUCACUUGAAGGAUGUAGAAACCAAGUAUGUUGCAUUGUCCCAGAGGACAGCUGGACGAGCAACUGAUAUGGCUGAGAGCAAAGAUAAGGGUUAGAGGGCCACAAUCACAAAAGCCUCCUGUCUGGUUGGAAGAGCUGGUGGUGGAAGGGGAAGGGUGUGACAGAAUGUCACAUUUCAGCCUGCUGCCAUCACACCACACUGGCCUCGAAGACCCUUUUUGGAAAGGGCUUCGCCAACAUGGCCAGUUAAGGACAUCCCCCCCAAAAGCCUGCCAUACUCACCCUACUAGCUGUGGACAUAUCAGUCUUCCAGCAGUCUGAGCAAGCAGAAAAAGACUAUACAAAAAUAUGCCAAAUAUAUUAAGGGUUAAACACAAUGCAAAAUGAAGUUUAGUACAGGUAGUCCCCAAUUUACGACAAGGUUACGUUCCGCGAAACCUAUCGGAAGUCGAAAAUAUUGUAUGUUGAAAAUGCAUUUAACACAUC